AUUCACUGAGACCGGUUCUUAAUUAUAUUGAAAAAUCGAAACGAAACGAAUAUAAUCUUUAAUGUUGUAUUAAAUUGCCCAUAAAUUGGGAUUGCUCCAAAAAACAAAACAAAAUAUAAAUUAUUUAAAAUUCUUAAGCCUUCUGUGAUAAUUAAGGAAUCCUACAAUUAAAUAUACAAAAAAAAAAAAUAUAAUUAUGUCUCAACUAUCAUAUUGGAAAGUACUUACUAGAAAGAAGACCCUUACACAUGAUCAUGAAACAGAAACAAAUUUAAAUCGAGUUCUGGGCACAUAUGAUUUGACAGCAUUAGGUGUUGGUGCAACAUUAGGUGUUGGAGUUUAUGUUCUUGCCGGUCAUGUAGCAAAAGAUCAAGCAGGACCAUCAGUAAUUAUAAGUUUUUUAAUUGCAGCAUUAGCAUCAUUAUUAGCAGGUCUUUGUUAUGCUGAAUUUGGUGCUAGAGUACCAAAAGCUGGUUCAGCUUAUAUAUACAGUUAUGUCUGUAUUGGAGAAUUUGCAGCUUUCAUAAUUGGUUGGAAUUUAAUAUUAGAAUAUGUUAUUGGUUCAGCAAGUGUUUGUCGUGGAAUAAGUUUAUAUUUAGAUACAUUAUUAAAUAAUACACUAAAGGUGACAUUUAGUGAAGUUACACCAAUUGAUUGGGGAUUUCUUGGUGCAUAUUUUGAUUUUUUUGCAUUUGCCUUAGCAAUUAUUUUUGGAGUUGGCAUCGCAUUUGGAAUACAAGCAUCUGCUGUUUUAAACAAUUUUUGUACGCUUAUCAAUAUUGGAGUUGUAGUUUUUGUAAUAGUUGCUGGUUCUAUAAAAGCUGAUAUUAAAAAUUGGCAAAUCGAUCCAAGUGAAAUUAAUAACUCAACCUUAGAUGAAGGAACUAAAUUAGGUUCUGGUGGUUUUUUUCCAUUUGGUUUCGGUGGUACAUUACGUGGAGCUGCUACAUGCUUUUUUGGAUUUGUUGGUUUCGAUUGUAUUGCAACAACUGGUGAAGAAGUUAAAGAACCAAGAAGAGCUAUACCAAGAGCUAUUUUAUUUUCAUUACUUAUUAUAUUUUUAUCAUAUUUUGGCGUUUCUACAGUUUUAACAUUAAUGUGGCCAUAUUAUUUACAAAAUAUUGAUGCUCCAUUACCAUACGCUUUUGAACAAAUAGGUUGGGAGGUUGCUAAAUGGAUUGUAACAAUUGGUGGUAUGCUUGGAUUGAUUGCAAGUUUAUUGGGCGCUUUAUUACCAUUACCACGAAUUAUUUAUGCAAUGUCUCAGGACGGUUUGAUAUUUAAAUUCUUAGGCAUUAUAAAUAAGAGAUUCAAAACACCAGUUAUCGCUUCUAUUUGUGCAGCAUUUUUAACAGGAUUUUUUGCUGGAUUAUUUGAUUUAACACAACUUGUAAAUAUGUUAUCGAUUGGAACACUUUUAGCGUACACAGUAAUUGCAAUUUGCUUAACAAUACUUCGAUUUAUGGAUAACUCCAAUGAAUAUUCAAAUAUUGAAUAUAAACGACCAAAUAAUAAUGAAGAUACUAUCUUAGUUAAUAACAAUUAUAGUAGUAGUAGUAGUCAAACAACUUGUCGCCACAUUGUCAUACAAAUUUUCAAUUUGAAAAGAAAUCGGAUUCCAAGUAGUCUUUCUACAACUAUAGUAACCGUUAUGUUAUUGAUAUAUUGUGCUUGCGCAUUUGGUUUUAGUUUAACAGUUAUGUAUGCAAGUGAAGAAAUUUUAAAUUUAGCACCAUGGGCUAUAACUUUACUUUGUUUAUUUGGCUUAAUAAACAUUUUCAUAACUUUCGCAAUAUCAAUUCAGCCAAGAGAAGAAGAAAAUCCAUACUUCAAAGUACCAUUGGUUCCAUUAACUCCAGCAAUUAGUAUUUUUGUCAAUAUUUAUUUAAUGCUACAAUUAGAUAUGUAUACAUGGAUUCGCUUUGGAAUUUGGAUGAUUAUUGGUCUCUUAUUAUACUCUAAUUAUGGAAUAAAAAAUAGUUACCAGCAAGUAUACAGAGAGCUUAAAGGUUGGCAAAAAAUAAACCCGCACCAAAAAUAUCAAUCAUUAUAAAAAUGAAUUUUAAAGUUAAAAAUAUAUCUAUGUUUCUGUUAACAUAAAUUUAAUGAUUAAGUCGAAUAUCAAUAAAAAUAAUAAGAAUAAAAAAUAUUUAGUAUAUAAAAUUAAAUAAUCUUAAUUUUUUAAUAAAUUCAAUAUUAUUU